UCUCUCUCUCCACUACUCUCUCUCUCUCUCUCCACUCUCUCCGUCACUCCACCAACUCCCUCGAACCCCACCGUCUACUUCUCCUCAGAUCUGAGCCACCCACCACUAGAUCCACCCCUACCAAACCCUACAUUCCCAACCCAAUCCAAUGGAGGAGGCGCUCGAAAUGGCGCGCUCCAAGGACACCAAGGAGCGAAUGGCCGGCGUGGAGCGCCUCUACCAACUCCUCGAAGCUUCCAGAAAGACCCUGUCCUCGUCCGAAGUCACCGCGCUCGUCGACUGCUCAAUGGAUCUCUUGAAAGACAACAACUUCAGGGUUUCCCAGGGGGCGCUGCUCGCCCUCGCCUCCGCAGCCGUUCUGUCCGGCGAGCACUUGAAGCUUCACUUCAAUGCCCUGGUUCCAGCCGUCGUUGAGCGGCUGGGUGACGGGAAACAGCCCGUUCGCGAUGCCGCCAGGCGCCUCUUGCUCACUCUCAUGGAGGUUUCUUCACCAACUAUCAUUGUUGAGAGAGCAGGGUCUUAUGCUUGGGCACACAAAAGUUGGAGAGUGCGAGAAGAGUUUGCUCGUACUGUCACAUCAGCUAUUGGUCUUUUUGCAUCUACUGAGCUUCCGCUUCAACGAGCUAUUCUUCCUCCUAUUUUGCAGAUGUUGAAUGAUCCAAAUCAUGCCGUGCGGGAAGCAGCUAUAUCAUGCAUUGAGGAGAUGUAUACUCAGGUUGGGCCACAAUUCCGCGACGAACUUCAGCGUCAUAAUCUUCCGACAUCAUUUUUGAAAGACAUUACUGCCAGGCUAGAGAGAAUUCAACCAAAAGUCCACUCCUCGGAUGGACUUCCAAAUAAUUACACUGCUGUUCCGAUCAAGCCUGCUAACCUUAACCCAAAAAGGAGCAGUCCAAAAGCCGCCAAGAAUUCCACUCGGGAGGUGUCUCUCUUCGGAGGAGAUGGUGAUGUUACAGAAAAACCAGUUGACCCAAUUAAAGUUUACUCCGAGAAGGAGCUAACGAGGGAAUUUGAUAAAAUUACUUCGACUCUCGUACCUGAGAAAGAUUGGUCUGUCCGUAUCGGAGCCAUGCAGAGAGUUGAAGGUCUUGUUAUUGGAGGAGCAACUGACUAUCCAUGUUUCCGUGGACUUCUGAAACAACUUGUUGCCCCCUUGAGCACUCAAUUGUCUGAUCGAAGGUCUACCAUUGUAAAACAGGCUUGUCACCUAUUGAGCUUUCUGUCUAAAGAGCUCUUGGGAGAUUUUGAAGCGUGUGCGGAAACAUUCAUUCCGGUCCUUUUCAAGCUUGUUGUGAUAACUGUCCUUGUAAUUGCAGAGUCUGCCGAUAAUUGCAUUAAAACGAUGUUGCGAAACUGCAAAGUGGCUCGUGUUAUUCCUCGUAUAGCUGAUUGUGCUAAGAAUGACCGUAAUGCAGUACUUCGUGCUAGGUGCUGUGAGUAUGCCCUUUUAGUUCUAGAAUACUGGGCUGAUGCACCUGAAAUACAACGGGCAGCUGACCUUUAUGAAGACCUUAUAAGGUGUUGUGUUGCAGAUGCAAUGAGUGAGGUUCGAGCAACUGCAAGAACAUGCUAUAGGCUGUUUGCAAAAACAUGGCCUGAGCGUUCUCGGAGACUAUUUUCAACAUUUGAUCCUGUUAUUCAAAGGGUAAUAAAUGACGAGGAUGGGGGAAUGCAUAGACGACAUGCUUCUCCUUCCGUGCGUGAGAGAAGUUCACAAAUGUCUUUUACCCCACAAACACACGCCCCUUCUAAUCUUGCUGGAUAUGGAACUUCAGCUAUUGUUGCAAUGGACAGAAAUUCAAGUCUGACCGCUGGUACAUCCCUCUCUUCUGGGCUACUGUUCUCCCAGGCAAAACCGGUAGGUAAAGGAACAGAAAGAAGCCUGGAAAGUGUGCUGCACGCAAGCCAACAGAAGGUGACUGCUAUUGAAAGCUUGCUUAGAGGUUUACAUGCAUCUGACAAGUAUAAUCCUUCUCUCAGAUCAUCCAGUUUGGACCUAGGAGUUGACCCUCCAUCAUCCCGUGAUCCACCGUUCCCUCUUGCUGUUCCUGCUUCAAAAAAUAUUGCAACCUCUCUAGGGCUUGAUACAACUGUAACUGGCGUGCCUAAAGCCAGUAAUCGCAAUGGUGGCUUGGCUUUGUCUGAUAUCAUCACUCAGAUUCAGGCUUCCAAAGAAGCUGCUAAAUUUUCAUAUCAUAGUACUGAGGGAGCUGAGCCUUUGUCUAGCCUGUCAUCCUACUCUGCUAAGAGAGCUUCUGAAAAGCUUCAAGAAAGAGGUUCUGUUGAAGCAAACGCUGAUGCUAGAGAAGCCAGGCGAUUUAUGAACUUGCAAGUUGAGAGGCAAUACUCAGACACCUCAUACAGAGAUGCAAAUUUCAGGGAUUCACAUAACAGUUAUGUUCCCAAUUUCCAGAGGCCACUUUUGAGAAAGAAUGCUUCCGCAAGAGUGUCUGCUACCAGAAGGAGUUUUGAUGAUAGCCAGCUGUCAUUUGGGGAAAUGUCAAGCUAUGUGGAUGGUCCAGCUUCUCUCAAUGAAGCUCUGAGUGAGGGACUCAGUCCGAGUUCGGACUGGAAUGCUAGGGUUGCUGCAUUUAAUUAUCUCCAUUCUUUGCUGCAGCAAGGUCCGAGAGGUAUUCAAGAAGUUACACAAAAUUUUGAGAAGGUGAUGAAGUUGUUUUUCCAGCACUUGGAUGAUCCCCACCAUAAAGUUGCCCAAGCAUCUCUUUCAACACUGGCAGAUAUUAUUCCCACUUGCAAAAAGCCCUUUGAAAGUUAUAUGGAGAGGAUCAUGCCUCAUGUUUUCUCAAGGUUAAUUGAUCCAAAGGAAUUAGUAAGGCAACCUUGCUCAACGACAUUGGAAAUUGUCAGCAAGACUUAUGGCAUUGAUUCUCUUUUACCAGCAUUGCUUCGGUCACUGGAUGAGCAACGGUCGCCGAAGGCAAAACUGGCUGUCAUUGAAUUUGCCAUUAGUUCCUUCAACAAGCAUGCAAUGAAUUCUGAAGGCUCUGGAAAUGGUGGCAUUUUGAAGUUGUGGCUUGCUAAAUUGACACCAUUAGUCUAUGACAAGAAUACGAAACUGAAGGAUGCAGCUGUUAAGUGCAUUAUAUCAGUUUACUCCCACUUUGACUCAGUGGCGGUCUUGAAUUACAUUCUUAGUCUAUCAGUUGAAGAACAAAAUUCCUUGAGACGAUCCCUUAAGCAGAAAACGCCUCGUAUAGAAGUGGACUUGAUGAAUUUUGUGCAGAACAAGAAAGAGCGACAGCGUCCCAAGUCGUCUUAUGAUCCAUCUGACGUUGUUGGAACAUCUUCUGAAGAAGGAUACAUUGGAAUUUCAAGGCAAAACCACUUAUUUGGAAGGUACUCUGGUGGUUCUAUUGACAGUGAUGGUGGCAGGAAGUGGAGUUCCGCACAAGAGUCAACGCCCGUCACAGGUUCAAUUGGUCAAGAUGUGUCUGAUCAAACCCAAGAGCACUUGUAUUUGGGUCUUGGGGCUGGUGUCAACAGUGAGGUUCUCAGUACCAAAACCAAGGACCUCAAGUAUACUGCCAGCAGCAUGGACAGCAGCGUAAAUCUGGAGGCAUCUUCCACUCCGCGAUUGGAUGUUAAUGGACUAAUGAGGUAUGACAACCAAUCGGUCACUGUUGGCAUCAAGCAUGAUAAUGAUGCUCCAACUGAGUUGGACCUUAAUCAUUCAAAACUUGAGGCUUUGAAAAUUAACUCUACUCCAGACAUAGGUCUAAGCAUUCCUCAACUUCUUCACCUGAUUUGCAAUGGGAACGAUGAAAGCCCUUCUGCUAGCAAGCGCAGUGCUCUUCAGCAGUUGAUUGAAACUUCUAUUGCCAAUGAUCCAUCCAUUUGGUCUAAGUACUUCAAUCAGAUUUUGACAGUUGUUCUUGAGGUUUUGGAUGAUUCUGAAUCAUCAAUCCGUGAACUUGCUCUUUUGCUAAUAAGUGAAAUGCUCAAAAAUCAGGGAGAUGCCAUGGAGGAUUCUGUGGAGAUUGUAAUUGAAAAACUGCUUCAUGUUGCAAAAGACAUUGUUCCAAAAGUGGCAAAUGAAGCAGAACAUUGUUUGGCAAUUGUGUUGUCUCAGUAUGAGCCAUUCAGAUGUCUAACUGUUAUUGUCCCUUUAUUGGUUACUGAAGAUGAGAAAACUCUUGUUAGUUGCGUAAAUUGUUUAACAAAGCUCGUUGGCAGGCUCUCCCAAGAGGAACUGAUGGCUCAGUUACCAUCAUUUUUGCCGGCCCUUUUUGAGGCAUUUGGAAACCAGAGUGCUGAUGUUCGCAAGACUGUUGUUUUCUGUCUGGUGGACAUCUAUAUCAUGCUUGGUAAAUCAUUCCUGCCGUACUUGGAGGGGCUUAAUAGUACUCAACUGCGGUUAGUGACCAUCUAUGCUAACCGGAUCUCACAGGCCAGGUCAGGUACUGCAAUAGAUGUUAACCAUGAUUAAAAAAAAAUUGGGUCUAGGGAACUCGAUACAGUAACCAUGAUUAGAUGGUUCAGUUGGGGGAAAAUUGUGGGUGUCGGGAGUUGGUCUGGUAAUUCAUUGCUGUGUAUUUGUAUAGUGUGGAAUGUGAGUUUGAAGGGUUGGUGUUCAUUUUUGGCUGUUAUUAUUAUUUUGUUGUAUUCAUUUUCAUUUGUUUGGUUUGGAGUGAAGGGGGAGGCUUUUUGGUGGGAAGAUAUUAUGUUGAACGAUACUGUGCCCAUAAUGAAAUUAAAACUUUAAAAUCA